CCUCCCAUCAGUCUCCUCGAUAUCUAGGAGCGCACUUAAAUUGACAGGCUCCCGCCCAUGGCACAGGACUGAUGGGAUUUCGGAAUGCUCGAUCUGUUCGCGUCACUAGCUGGAGUGUUAUUUCGUUGAUGACGGCGGAUUGAUUGGCAGCCACAGGAAGGAUUUCCACCAUCAUGCAGAAGGUGGAGAGACCAGAUCUCAUGACCUACCAACCUCACCUCACCUACUCACCACUAGACGCAGUGCGUACGCCCCGUAGAGAGAGAUCCCUCUCUCCUCCCUCCAUCUCUCCUCCUCCCUCUCCUGAGCUGAAGGUGUGUAGGGAGGAUGGAGGGUCUCCAGGAGGCUCCACAAUGCAGCUCCGAAAGACAUCCAUUCCCCUACAGCAGCAUUUCCACAGGCCAGGUACACACACAUGCAUGUAUGCACACACAAACACACACACACGUGCACCAACAAACACACACACACAUACUUUUCUAAUUCUGUGUUUUAUUUCAGAUAAUGGUGCCAACAUCUACAUGAAGCUGCCUAAUUUUAAACAGGAGGUCAGCAAGCAGAAGGUGAUGGGCAGCAUUAUCCAGUCAUCUAAGUUCCCAGCAGCUCAGAAACCAGACCCCAACCUGCCCUCAAAGAUAGAGACAGAGUACUGGCCCUGUCCUCCCUCACUGGCUGCUAUGGAGAUCGAGUGGAGGAAGAGGAAGGAGGAAGAGGAAGAGGGGAAGGAUGAGUUUGAAGUCCUGACUAGUGAUGCCAAGACACUACAGGAGCAGGAGCUCCACAAGAUCAUGUCUAACCUGGGCAGGCUGAUCCUGAAGGAGGAGAAGGAGGAGCAGGAGAAGGCUCUACUUGACAUUGGCCGCAGGAAGACGCAGUCACUGCCAGACAGAACACAUAUGCACACAAGUUUCUCCUUGAAGGUGUCCUCCAGCUCAGGUCUGACCAGGAUGCAGUCUGCAGAGUUCACUACAGAGGGAAAUCAAGGCAAAACAGGUAGGCUACAUUUAUCAUGUAUUACAAAAACAGUUGUAGUAGUGAAGUAGGACCUACACAAUCAGUUUCACCAAAUUACAAUGUUGUGUCACUGGUCACAUACAAUAUCCCAUGUCGACCUCAUCUCUGUACCCCACACAUAAUUAUUUGUAAGGACCCUCAGUCAAACAGUGAAUUCAUAACAAAAAUUCAACCACAAAGACCAGAGGUUUUCCAAUGCCUCACAAAGAAGAGCACCUAUGGUAAGAAUUGAAAAUGGCUGUCUAGCAAUGAUCAACAACCAACUUGACAGAGCAUGAAGAAUUUUAUAAAUUAUAAUUAUUGAUUGAUUCACAAAAUUUGUCAUUAUGGAGUAUUGUGUGUAGAUGGGUGAAAAAAUAAAUUUAAUCCAUUUUGAAUUCAGGCUGAAACAACAAAAUGCACAUACAGUGCAUUCGGAAAGUAUUCUGACCCCUUGACUUUUUCCACAUUUUGUUAUGUUACAGCCUUAUUCUAAAAUUGAUUAAAUAAAAUAUGUUCCUAAUCCAAUCUAUACACAAUACCCCAUAAUGACAAAGUGAAAACAAGUUUUUAGAAAAUGUUGCUAAUUUAUAAAAAAUAUAAAACCUUGUCUUAUGUACGUAAGUAUUCAAACCCUUUGCUAUGAGACUUGAAAUUGAGCUCAGGUGCAUCCUGUUUCUAUUGGUCAUCCUUGAUGUUUCCACAACUUGAUUGGAGUCCACCUGUGGUAAAUUCAAUUGAUUGGACAUGAUUUGGAAAGUCACACACCUGUUUAUAUAAGGUCCCACAGUUGAAAGUGCAUGUCAGACCAAACCCCAAGCCAUGAGGUCAAAGGAAUUGUCCGUAGAAAUCCAAGACAGGACUGUGUCGAGGCAUAGAUCUGGGGAAGGGUACCAAAACAUUUAUGCAGCAUUGAAGCUCCCUAAGAACCCAGUGGCCUCCAUCAUUCUUAAAUGGAAGAUGUUUGGAACCACCAAGACUUUUCCUAGAGCUGGCAGCUCGGCCAAACUGAACAAUCGGGGGAGAAGGGCCUUGGUCAGGGAGGUAUCGAAGAACUCUUAAUGGUCAAUGACAGAGCUCCAGAGUUCCUCUGUGGAGAUGGGAGAACCUUCCAGAAGGACAACCAUCUCUGCAGUACUCCAACAAUCAGACCUUUAUGGUAGAGUGGCCAGACAGAAGCCACUUCUCAGUCAAAUGCACAUGAAAGCCUGCUUGGAGUUUGCCAAAAGUCACCCAAAAGAAAUAAGAUUAUCUGGUCUGAUGAAACGAAGAUUGAACACUAUGGCCUGAAUGCAAAGUGUCACUGCUUUAGGAAACCUGGCACCAUCUCUACGGUUAAGCGUGGUGGUGGCGUUUUUCAGAGGCGGGACUGGGAGCCUAGUCAGGAUCAAGGAAAAGAUGAACAGAGCAAAGUACAGAGAGAUCCUUGAUGAAAACCUGCUCCAGAGUGCUCAGGACCUCAGAAUGGGGCAAUGGUUCACCUUCCAACAAGACCAUGACCCUAACCACACAGCCAUGACAAUGCAGGAGUGGCUUCGGGACCAGUCUCUGAAUGUCCUUGAGUGGCCCA